AUGGAUCCACCCAGCGCCGACUUUACGGCUCUGCCUGUUGUCCUUUCAUCCAUCACUGCCGCUGUGGACACCACCUUAGGUGCUUUACUCCUCGGCACAAGCGUCUCGCUUUUUUUGUAUGGGCUUCUCAUUCACGAAGUGUUCCAAUACUUCCGAACGUUCCAUGACGACAGACCCUUCCUCAAAAAAUGGAACGCUAAGAGCCUCGCGCACCAGGUCGUCGCCAUCUUCAUUGUAGAAACUUAUGUGGUCACCGUAGCUCUCGAGCAAGUUUAUCAUUACACGAUCACCAACUGGGCUAACCCGUUCAUCUUGGUCGAGCCAUUUCAGCCCAUCAUCAAGGCGUUGACCCCACUAUCGGUGGAGAUGUUCUUUGUGCGCCGGGUCUGGUAUCUUGGUCCCAAGUACCGGCCACUCGUCAUCGUCGCUUAUCCUCUGGCCGCUUACAAUACCCAAUCUAGUCCGUUUUUGUCUUCGGGUUCUACGAUCGCGUCAUUUCAGUGGCUCUCGGGCUUAGGCGGACUUUCCUUGGAAGUGGGCGAUCUAAUCACCUCGACCACGCUCGUAUACGCGCUGUAUCAGAGCCGCUGUGGAAUGCACAGAACGGAUUCGAUCAUCGAUAUGUUGAUCAAGUACACGGUAACCACAGGAAUGCUCUUAUGGCGAGAUAUGCCUGAGCGCAACAAUCGCCAUGACAUAGCCGUCACUAUGGUGCACGCCUGCGUGUUCCUUGCAGCAUUGAACGCCCGCAGCACGCUCGCGAGCUUCGACGACGCACCGACGUCGAUCUCCGGCAAGCCGUGGACGGACGCUCUCGCGCGCUCCGUGCGGUCGGAGAUGGUGUUCGGAGGGCCCAGGAGUCGUGCCCAGGGUGCGAACUCUGCAAUCGAAGGCAGAUCGGCUUGCUGUGUGACGCGCAGUGAACGGUCCGAUGUGAGCCACAAGCAAUACGGCCACCAAGGUAGCACCGGUGGCAGGGAAGCAAGGCUCGACAAGCUCGCAGACGAGGGCAGCAAAGAGGCAGCGAGAAACGCCUGGACGGCGAACGCCAUGCGCCCGUGGGCCGUGGCCAAGCAGCCGCUGAAAGAGAGCAAGGAACACGAGCACGAAGAGGACAGUGGGCGGUGUCGGCUGGCGACAAAUUUCUAG